UCCACAUCUGCAAUGUCCACAAUUGUUUCGUGUUUCGACAAAGUCAUUCCUUUUGCUUAAAUUACGUACAAACUCUGAUGUCAUCAGUCUUAAUUUAAUUUUGCAAGCUUUUUUAAGAGAAUAAUACUAAAGUUGGAUUGAAGACUGUAAAUUUUUACGAAUACAGGUUAUGUUUAUUUUCUAAUAUAAUGUUGAUUGUGUUAAAAGAUGGAUAAAAUAUUAGCAGUCAAAAGCAGAAGUUUAAUUAUUUCUCCAAAGCUGGACCUAAGAUGAGAUUUAAAUGAAUCGCUCAAAGGCAAAGUAUGUCAGGAUGAAUGGCUUAACAGGACAGUUCCGCAAAACGACGUGGGAUCCUAUGCUCAUAGUAUCCCAGAUAAUCGCUGUCCAGUGCACCAUGUAUUUUGCCCUAGGCAUAUGGAUUGCCACAAUAGCCAGCCUACUCGGCACCAAUGAAUCUCUUGACUAUGCCUUCCAGUACAAGGAGAUCCACGUUCGCGACUUUGGUGGCUAUCUUCUUAUCACUGUCUUCAUUCUCAACUCUAUUGUUGGAUCCUUGGCACUCUGGUACCUCGUCCAGAGGACCAAACAGUGCAUGGACUUUGCCUGCACAGCUCAUUUAAUACAUUUAAUUUGCUGUUGGAUCUAUAAUGGAAGCUUUCCGAAAACAUUUAGCUGGUGGUGCUUGAAUAUUGUGACUACGAGCAUAAUGUGUGUGUGUGGCGAGUUUUUGUGCAUGAAGACUGAGCUAAAAGCUAUUCCUUUAAGUAUGAAUAGCCAGAAAGCGGCCUUGUGAGACGAGUUUUUGCGGGGGUGUUGGUUUUUUUGAUCAAUGAAAACGCGUUGUAUGGAACUGUAAAUGUUUAUAAAAUAUAUAGAAAUUUUAUAAAUAGGCCUUUUGUUUUGUUACUUGUAAAAUA